AUGCCACCAUCAAUUGGUGUUAAUUUACGCGUUACUGGCCACUGUAGUCAAGGCGGGAGAAAGUACAUGGAAGAUUUGUUUUCCGUUGCCUAUCAACAAACGGAAGACGAACGGGAUUUGGAGUAUGCUUUUUUUGGAAUAUAUGAUGGUCAUGGCGGGAGUGAAGCAGCAGCUUUUGCUAAAGAGCAUUUAAUGGAUUCUAUUGUUAAACAACGACAGUUCUGGUCGGAUAAUGAUGAGGACGUUCUGAAAGCUAUUCGAAAUGGUUACAUGUUGACCCACUUGAACAUGUGGAAAGAAUUAGAAAAAUGGCCCAAAACUGUAACAGGGUUACCAAGCACUGCAGGUACCACGGCCAGUGUGGCUUUCAUUCGUCGUGGCAAAAUAUAUAUUGGACAUGUAGGUGACUCUGCCAUUGUCUUAGGAUAUCAAAAAGAUGGAUGUGAAGAAUGGGGUGCAAAACCAUUGACCUCAGAUCACAAACCAGAAUCAACUACUGAAAUUGAAAGGAUUCAAAGAUGUGGUGGCAAAGUUAUUACAAAAGCGGGUGUACCACGGGUUGUUUGGAACAGGCCUCGUGUUGGCCACAAGGGACCAAUUAAAAAGAAUACUCCAAUGGAUGAAAUACCGUUUUUAGCUGUAGCAAGGUCUUUAGGUGAUCUUUGGAGCUAUAAUCCUCAAAAUGAUGAGUUUGUAGUGAGUCCUGAUCCAGAUGUUGGAGUGUUAAAUAUUGACCCAUCUAAGUUUAGGUGUUUAAUUUUUGGCACUGAUGGCCUAUGGAAUAUGAUAUCGCCAGAGGGAGCAGUAAGUUUAGUUCAAGCAACGGAACGCCAUAAUGAAGCUGGAUUAGUGGGAAGCAAUGGAAGUCAACCACGAGAUUGGCUUAAUCCUUCAAAGAGUCUAGUUGACCAUGCUCUAGAGAGAUGGUCGAAUACUCGCAUGAGAGCAGACAACACGUCGGUGGUGACAUUGAUGCUGGACCCUCCUGGGCCGCCGCGUGCCACGGUGCUACGCUCGCGUGGAGCCCCCCUACCACACUCCACCCUGCCUGCCCCCACCAACACCCCCGCAUCAGACCCCGCACCCGUUCCUACGCCUGCCCCUGCUGCGUCUGUCACCACCGCCUCACCCGUGCACAGACCGGAACCCACUAAGCCCGACGCCGUCGAAUCCGAUACGCGACAGGUACCGCAGAAUGGACUUACGAUCAUGACCAGAUACUCCGACGUAGACAGACCUGCCCCGUCACCGGAGACCUCCGAGAGAACUCCUCUGCCCCCGUGCGCCACGCUGGACGGCCGGUUCUCAACGACGGCAAGAGAGGAACACCGGCGCGAAGAAGACGAGGAUAGCGCGAUCACCAACUACGGCAACCCGUCCGAGUCGUAUUUCAUGGCGCGCUUAUUGAACCGGACUAGAGUCGUGAACACGCUGUCGGAGGUGUAUGAGGAAAUCGCGAGCGGAAGAACACGCGAGAGCUCUGAGAAGGGAUUGCCUACCACGGCGGUGUUAGAAGGUGGGGGGGACGCGGGGGAUGAUAUCACGCGUCCGCUCGAGCCCGAGCGAGUUACGGACGCUGGAGACGUGCUGCCCGUAGUUGACGAGCGGCGGGAGCGAGAUGGCAGCAUCCAGAUCAACGAGGUGUCGUCCAGCUCGCCGAGUGAAGCACCGCGGCCGCGCGGGCGCAGAUCAAAGGCGGAGAGACGCGAGGUCGCACCGCACGAUCGCGUGCUGCGCUCGCACCACGAGCACGACACUCGCCCGCACACGAGACAAGCGAGCAUCCGCGCACCCCCUCCCCUUCCCACGCUGGAUCGCGUCGUUAUACUGACACGCCGCGCUCCGCAGGUUGCGACUACACCCUCUCCCGCCCCAAGCCAGCCGGUUGCGUGCGAGAGUAGACGAGCGACUCGUUCGCAGGUGGGGGGGGCGUCGCGCGCGGGAAACUGUGCGCGCGCCCCGGGGCCGGCGCGGCGGGCCCCGGCGGCGCACUGCAAGGAGAACCUGUGCGGGGGGGGAGCGGGGGGCGCGCGGGGCGGGGCGCGCUCGCGCCGCACCUCCCGCGCUGGCGCCGCCGUCCCCUCAGGGCGCGCGGCCACGCACGCCGCGCCGCGUUGA